AUGGCAACUCUCCGAGGAAAAUUCAAAAGUAUAGGGAUUUCAUUGGAGACUGUUAAGCAGAAUACAGACUCAAACUGCGCACAGACGCGUGAGGCCCUUAUUAUGGGUAGUGAAUUCAAGACUAUCAAUGCCGAUCAUCUAGUUGAAGAGGAGGAAUUACCUGAUUACCGAGCUGAUCGAUUCUCCCCUGCUCGACUGGGUGAUGUUUUCCAGAAUCGCUAUCAAGUACUUGCGAAGCUCGGUUUUGUAUGUAUCUGUGGCAUUUAUGGGUUUAGAUGUUUUAUUAACUGCUUCAGAGCUCAUCAAUAUGUGGCGCUCAAAACAUAUGUAUAUACUUCAUUGGUUCAUCGUGAACUUCCCCUUGAUCGUCAUAUUGCUCGCCAUGUGUCCGGCAGUACACAUAGAGGACGACAGAAUAUCCGGAAGCUGUUAGACUCCUUUGAUGUUGUCGGUCCACAUAGCAAACAUGCCGUUCUCGUCUUCAAAGCAGCGCAGAUUAGUCUGCGUGACAUGAAAACGGUGUUCCAGCCCGGUGGAUUCGACGAAGAUUUCGUAAGGGGUGCAAUUAUUGAGCUUCUUGAGGCUCUAGAUUUUAUUUAUGCCGAAGGGGAAAUCGUUCAUACUGGUGCAGUGACUCUCCUCCACUAUCUUUCCUUGGUGAUCGACCCAGGACCUCAUGGCGGUGACAUUGUACCAUUGGAAUACCUAGCUCCAGAAACAUUACUUUACGUGGGAUGGAGUUGUCCCGUGGAUAUUUGGAGUGUUGGUCUGACGGCAUGGGAUCCAUGGGAUCCCUGGGAACCAAAGAGAUUAUUCACGGGGCGGGUAGACGAUCUUUACUGA